AUGACCGUCGCCGGCUAUAUGGCCGAAUGCCUGCUGCAUCCCGAGCACGGCUAUUACGCCGCGCGCGAGCCGUUCGGCGCGAAGGGUGAUUUCGUCACCGCGCCGGAGAUCAGCCAGCUCUUCGGCGAGAUCGUCGGCGCGGUCCUCGUCAAUGCGUGGCGACAGGCCGGGCGUCCCGCGCCCUUCCUUCUCGCCGAAGCCGGCCCCGGACGCGGCACGCUGAUGGCCGACAUUGUCCGAACCGCGCGGAUCGAUCCCGCCUUUUCGGCCGCCGCGCGCAUCGUUCUGGUGGAAGCGAGCGCCCGCCUGCGCGACGUGCAGCGCAAAACGCUCGGUACCGAUGCGCGCCGCGCCACGUGGGUGGACCGGUUGGACGAUCUGCCGGACUUUCCGCUCUUUCUGGCCGCCAACGAAUUUUUCGACGCGCUGCCGAUCCGGCAAUUCGUCAAGACGGCCAAUGGCUGGCGCGAACGCAUGGUCGGGCUCUGCAACGACAGCGCCCUCACCUUCACCGCCGGCGCCUCCGUGCUUCCGGACGGCGAACGCCCGCCCGGUCAUGCCGAUGCGCCGGACGGGUCCGUCUUCGAGAUCGCGCCGGCGCGCGAGGCCGCCGCAGCCACGAUCGGCGCACAUCUCGCCGCGCAUGGCGGGCUGGCCGUGCUGAUCGACUACGGCCAUCUUCAGACCGGCAUUGGCGACACGUUCCAGGCGAUGCGCGGCCAUGACUUUGCCGACCCGCUCGCCGAACCGGGCCUUGCCGACCUGACCAGCCAUGUCGACUUCGAGGCGCUCGCUCGUGCCGCCGCUUCCGAAGGCGCGCGUGCCCUGCCGGCGAUGACGCAAGGCGCGUUCCUGCUCGGCGGCGGCAUCGUCGAACGGGCCGGCGCGCUUGGCGCCGGCAAGGAUGCGGCGGCGCAAGAUGCGAUCCGCGCCGCCGUUACCCGCCUAUGCGGUGAUGGCGACGGCCAGAUGGGGGCCCUCUUCAAGGUUUUGGGCCUGACCGGACCCGGCCUUGAAGGUCCCGUCCCGCCCUUUCAAGCCGGUUGA